CACAUCGCGCAUCGAGGUAUCAUCAACAAGAACGAGUAGACAGAUGUAAUUCUUAAGCCCUAUCUUCCUUCUACACUUCAAUGUCCCGUCUUCAGCCAUACUGAGUCUUUUAUACUUCGUGAUAUUUUUUGUAGGACGAGAAGAAUGAAGAACUGGCCGCUUCAGUUCUCCCUGCUGUCUGGAUACUUGCCAGCCCUCCCACUAGCAGAUCUUCGGCUGAACUCGAGUCAAACCGCAAGGCUUCACACCAAAGGUUGCUUCUCCUACCUCUCGGCCGUAAUGCGCGAUGCAAUUGGUUGAUACAACCUUUCACUAGCUCGAAAUUUCAAAAAGCCCCAAAGACGAAGAUAUGGCCUCCUCCACCACCGUCGACUGCGCUGCCAGAGACAAUACUCAGAGGACUUUGAAGCCGAGGCACAUUCAAUUAAUUGGGAUUGGCGGUACCAUAGGAACAGCUCUUUUCGUCCAGAUAGGCUCUGCGCUGCCGCAUGGCGGUCCUGGAAGUCUCCUCUUAGCAUUCGUAGUAUGGGCAACGGUCGUCCUAGCUAUCAAUUCCUGUCUAUCCGAACUCGUCACUUGGGUACCAGUCUCAUCUCCGUUCUCUCAAUGCGCAGAUCGCUAUGUGGAUCCCGCUCUCGGCGUUUGUGUAGGAAUCAAUUUUUUCAUCCAGAUGGCCAUGAAUGUUCCUUUCGAGAUCACAGCCUUCAACUUGAUGCUAAGGUAUUGGACGGAAAAGAUUCCCACAGCCGCGGUCAUUGUCUUCGUUCUAAUAACUUACACUUUACUUAACAUUUUUACUGUCAAGUACUAUGGAGAGGCGGAAUACUGGCUGGCUAUAGGAAAGAUCAUCCUCAUCCUCGGUCUGUUCAUGUUCACGUUCGUCACGAUGGCUGGAGUGAACCCUAUCCAUGAUCGUUACGGCUUUCGGAACUGGGACCCUUCCAAAGUCCCUGGAACCCCAUUCGCGACUUACGUCCACUCCGGAUCGCUCGGACACUUCCUCGGAUUCCUCCGUUGCCUAACCCAAGCAGUCUUCACAGUAGGAGGACCCGAGUUGGUGGCGAUGACUUCUGGCGAGGCGGAGAACCCCCGGAAGGUCUUACCCCGCUCUUUCAACGCAGUGUUCUACCGACUCGGGACGUUCUUCAUCGUCGGUGCCUUCACUGUAGGGACGAUCGUUCCUUACACCGACCCGAAGCUGGCUUUGGCCUCAUCUGGGAAGCGCACUGGCGCAGCUGCGUCGCCCUACAUUAUCGCUAUGGAGACCUUGGGCGUUCGGGGAUGGGACCAUCUGGUCAAUGCACUAAUAAUACUGUCCAUAUUCUCCGCAGGGAACAGCUAUGUUUAUUGCGCCAGCCGGACCCUCUAUGGUCUUGCGCUCAAUGGCCAUGUCUCUAAAGUUCUUUGCCGCUGCACCUCAUCCGGCGUCCCAAUUUACUGCGUCGGCAUCACGAUAAUAGUCGCCUUCUUGUCCUUCCUUCAGGUUUCGGAAAGCGGUAGCGUGGUCUUGCAGUUCACCGAUAUUUCCACGGUCUGCCAAACCGUUAAUUACGCUGCGAUAUCUUUCACUUAUAUCUGGUUCUACAGGGCUCUCAAGUUCCAAGGAAUAUCCCGAAACUUGCUUCCUUGCCGAUCCAAAUGCCAGCCUUACCUAGCAUUUUAUUCACUAUUCUGUUCCAUCACAAUGAUGUUCGCAACAGGAUUCACGGUAUUCCUUCCUGGCCAGUGGAAUACAACAACGUUCGUGUUCUCGUACAUACUGGUCGUCGCCCUACCCAUCCUCUUCGGAGUCUACAAAGUAACCCGACGUACAAAGUGGAGGCCACCCGGUGCUAUUUCCUUCUUUGACGAGGAACGAAAGGUCGUCGACGAUUAUGAGAGAUCGUUCUUCCUUCAGAAAGAAGUUGAACUAGAGAUUGGUCCCUAAGGCUAGUAACUAAAGCAGCCAGGACGGAUAUUGACGGAUUGAGAGACGAAGUUAUCUUGCAAUAUGUUAGGCUCGGUUUGAUGCUAUACACACUAUGGCCUGCGAUUGCAAGAAGAUUUAGCGAAAUAAAUGAGAGCGUAUUCACGCUGUCUGCACAAUAAAGGCUACCUUCACAAAGGCGCAAUC